AUGGAGGAAGACGAGAAUUGUGCCUCCUGUGCACAAAGUCCAGGUAGUGUUGGGCAUUUAGUGGCUUCAGCCAGUACUCAGGUUUCGGAAAUUUCGUGGGGCUCAUGUUUGUGCCACUGUGUGAAGAUCGAAGGAAGCGAAAAGGAGGAGAAAGUAAAUUUCACGAACACCAGCUGGUCUCGAGUGGUAUCUGCUGCCAAAAUUCGCCAGGACGGCACAUGGGCCUUUCUCUGCCAGGAGCAGUGUAGCACGGAUGAGAGCACCCCGCGUGGCUGGUACCAUAGGCGCUGCUAUGCAGCCUACACCCACAAGAAGACUCUGAGUCGUUUUGAGGGAGAGGAGAGUGGUGGCCUUGUCAGCAAUGUUGACGCAGAGGAGGUGGGUGACGCAGAUGCCUGUGAGGAUGAACCUCCCAAGAAGCGUGUUAUGACACGAAGCAAAGUGACAACCAUCGACAUCACUCUGUGUAUAAUAUGUCAACAAAAAACAAAAAAAAAGAACCGGAAAGCUGAACCGCUUACCCUCUGUUCAGAAUUCCGUGCUGGCGAAAGCCUGAUCCGUGCGGCAAAUGCACGUGGAGAUGAAGCAGGCCAGCGGAUUUUACUUACCCUCCAGGAGGGCAGUCCUGAUUGUGUAGCAUCGGACAUAUGCUACCAUUUCUGCUGCUACCGUAACUACACUCAUUCUAGCACGGUGGCAGCACUGGAGGCAAAGAAGACGACGGCAGUUGCAGACGACAAUGUGUACGAUAGAGCCUUUGAGUGGCUAGCUGUAUGCAUGGAGAAGGAGCUCUUCAGUGAGACAGAAAUACGAGCGAUGCGUAUGGACAGCCUGACGUCCAAGUACAGCGCCAAGCUGGCAGAGCUCGGAGCUGCAAGUCAAUACCGACGAUGGCUGCUGAAGAAGCGCCUGUUGGAGCAUUUUGGAAAACGCAUCAACUUCGUCCGUCCUGGUCCAUUGUCACCCGAGAGCGUUGUAAGCAGCUCCUUGACAGAAUCACAACUGCUACAAGUAGUUGGUGCAGCAGUAGCCAAGGCUGAGGCAGCCCAGCAGUGCGCCGACGAAUAUGCUGGAGAUGAUAUGGCGGAUGAAGAUGCACCUCCAGCUAUUGAUAGCAGCUGCAAGGUACAUGCCUUCCACACAGCCAUGGCUCUGAACAACGCCAUCCGUGAUCAGCAGCCCACAAUACCCACCAUGCCACAUGCCAGUGAUAUCGUAAAUGAGAAUGCGCCAGUGCCAGACAUCCUCUACAAUGUGCUUGCCAUGACCAUUGUCGGCCCUGAGAAGUGUGACAUUGGUGACCUGACGGACUCCCGUGUCCAUGUCCCUGCCGACAUCCAUUGCAAGAUUUUGGCAAUUGCUGAGGAUAUUGUGUAUGCUGCAACUCGUGGAUCUAUUCUGACACCAAAGCACGUAGCUUUGGCGCUUACUGUCCACCACCACACGAGGAGCAAGCACAUGGUGGAUCUUCUCAACCAGUUCGGCCAUGGCAUAUCGUAUUCAAAGCUGCGAGAAGUAGAAACCGGGUAUUCUCUCGAAGUAGCAGGAAGUUCCGCAGCCAGCAGUGUUGUAGUACCCCGUGGCAUUUCCCAGCAUGGAGGUGAUGUUCAUUUCUGCUGGGACAAUAACGACCUCAACGAGGAAACUCUGAGUGGCCAAGGGACGACACACUGCACCAACGGCAUUGUGCUCCAGCACUCGCUGCCCUUCCAGGACGAUCCGUGUCCACCAGAAAGUACGAGCCGUGCCGAGCCAGGUAACCAACGCCGACCGCGAAGUGUUGCCCCACCUGCAGUUCCGAGCCUAGAAUACAACUGCGGUGCGAGACCAAGACCUCCUCCAAUGGCCCAUCCAGUUCCUGAUGCACAAGGCUCGAUUGACCCAUUUCUCACUGUGGCAUCGAUUGACCUGAUUUGGUUCUUGUUGCGCGCAGACCAGACGGUAUCACCGAAGUUUGGUAGACCUGAUGACGAGUCACAACUGGUACCCGCAUGGUCCGGCUUCAAUGCUGAACUGAACCAGUCAACCGCGCCAGGGACACCAACAACAGUCGGUUACCUGCCGAUCAUCCCAGCAUCGCCUACAGCCAUGAGCACAGUUUAUGAGCUUGUUGUCCGGUCCCUCCGCACAUCGAAGAAGCUGAAUCAGCCACAUUGUAUCAUCACCGCCGACCAAGCAGUUUAUGCCAAAGCUGUGGAAGUUUGCUGGAAAAAUGCUGAGCUGAAGGAUGUAGUCCUCCGCUUGGGUGCAUUCCAUACGUCGUGUGCCUUCCUUGCUGUUCUUGGGAAGAGGUUUGGCAGUGCUGGCUUGGAAGACCUCCUCGUCGAGUCAGGCGUAGUUGGCAGCAAUGCGUGCAAGCAGGUGAUGGCCGGCAAGCAUUACAACCGCGGUGUUCGCCUCCAUAAGCUUGCCUUUGAGUGUCUGCUGGGAGUGAACUGGAAGCUGUACGAGGACAGCAUUGAAGGUGGAGGAGACACGGUGUCAAGCGAUCUUGAAGGAACUUUGUCAGCAUUGCGCACAUCUGGUAUAUUUGAUGGUGCUGAGUCAGUAACCAGUUCAUCCAGCUACCAGAAACUUGAGCAAGGGUACCGAAAGCAUGUUCAGCUACAACGCACCAGCCCAGCAUCACCCAUGGCCCAGUUUUGGCUAACAUACCUCGACAUGGUUGGCCUGCUGCUUCAAUUCAUCCGAGCUACGCGGACAGGGAACUGGUCGCUACAUCUGGCAUGCAUAGAGAACAUGUUGCCAUGGUUCUUUGCAUACGAUCGACAGAACUACUCCAGGUGA